UUUGGUGCUUCCGUGUAGUUUGUGUUGGAGUCUGAGUCUGAACAGCGUAGCCACACACGAGCACGCAUGGGAAACAGACCCGGGUGAUUUAUAUGUGUAAAAAGUUACAAACAGUCCCUUUAACCGAGCGUGUCUGGAGGAAACGUUGCUGUGAUUCAGUAAAAAUGUCUAAGGUUCAGAUUUUGAGAGCUUUUGUCAACCGGCGACUAACUGCGGCUGCUGAAGAGAUAUUUGGGCUGUUUGAGAGAACGAUAGCAGAGUACGAGGAGGAACUGGAGUUCAGUUCAAAAGAGAAUCAACGACAACAGAAACUACUGGACGCUGUUUUGAACCCGGAAGUCCGGGUACACAGAGCAGACGUCCAGCAGCUGUUGGUGGUUGAAGAAGAGUUUCCCCCUGAGCAGCAGGAGUGGAGCUCCAGUCUGGUCCAGGAGGACCCAGAGCCCCCACACAUUAAAGAGGAACAGGAGGAACUCUGGACCAGUCAGGAGGGAGAGCAGCUUCAAGGGCUGGAGGAGGCUGAUAUCAAGUUCCCAUUCUCUCCUGUCCCUGUGAAGAGUGAAGAAGACGAAGAGGAACCUCAGUCCUCACAUCUUCAUCAACGACAAACUGAACAGAUGGAAACAGGAGCUGAUGGAGAGGACUGUGGAGGACCAGAACCAGCCAGGAACUCUGAUCCAGAUAGACAUUUACAACCAGAUACUGAUGAUAAGACUGGAGACUCCCCUCUCAGUGAUUUGAGAUGUAGUGCUGGUGAGAAGCGCUGCUCUGAGUGUGGGAAGACAUUUGGCGCCAGUGGAAAUCUGAAGAGACACAUGAGAUCUCAUACAGGAGAGAAACCUUUCAGCUGCUCAGUCUGCAAAAAAUCUUUUACACAGAGUGGAAGUUUAAAGUUACACAUGAGACUCCACACAGGAGAGAAACCAUUCAAUUGCUUAGUGUGUGGUAAAAGAUUUAUCCAGAAGGUACAACUGACAUACCACAUGGCACAUCACACAGGGAAGAAACCUUUCAGCUGCUCAGUGUGUGGUAAAAGUUUUAUCCAGAAGGUACAAUUGACAUACCACAUGAUGCAUCACACAGGACAGAAACCAUUUAAUUGCCUAGUUUGUGGUAAAAGUUUUAUACAAAAGGCAUAUUUUACACACCACAUGGCAGUUCACACGGGAGGAACGAUUCAGUUGGAGUGUUUGUAACAAAAGAUUUGCCUGGCUUCCAUUGGACA